UUCCCGCCGCCCUCCGCCAUGCCCGGCAAGGCGCUCGCCCUCUGCCUCCUGGGGCUCCUGGCUCUCUCCUCCGCUUGUUACAUCCAGAACUGCCCCAUCGGGGGCAAACGCGCCGUCCUGGACAUGGACCUCAGGAAGUGCCUGCCCUGCGGUCCCAGGAACAAGGGUCGCUGCUUCGGUCCCAACAUCUGCUGUGGGGAAGAGCUGGGUUGUUACCUCGGCACCCCCGAAACGCUGCGGUGCCAGGAAGAAAACUUCUUGCCGACGCCCUGCGCGUCGGGACGCCAA